ACUGUGAGGCGUUAGAGAGAAAGAGAUGGACGGCGUAUGUAUCCACAUCCAUAUAUACACCAUUACGAACACACGAAAAAGUCAAAAUAUCCUGAAAAAAAAAACUCGAUGAAAAUGGAAAAUGGUUCUUUCUCUCCAUAGUGAACAUAAUAUUCUGAGUGUGCAAGACAGACUACGAAUGAAGUUUCGUUGACGACAUUUUUUUUAUAUACAUAUAUUUUUUCCUUUGUCCAAUAAAUAACCAGAAAAUAAAACAAGAAAAUCAUACGAAAACGAAACAGAAAAAAAUACGUGCAAUUUUAUCCGUGAAAUUGAACAGCCGAAUUACGGGAAAACGGGCAAAUUCUAAUCGAACAAAAUUUCUGUGAAGCUUAAGAUAAAAUAAUCAAACAUGCGUUCAGCUAUUUGAUGUUCUAUUUCUCGUUCUUCUUCUUUUUUUGCGUGGAUGAGUUUGCUUUUGUGUUAUGCUUUUUGGUUUUCUCAUAUAUUUUUUUUCCGCGGAAACUUCGUAGUUUGUUUGAAUUGUGCCAAUAAGGAAGAAAGAAAAGAGAAUGAAUUGAAAGUGGUGGCGAAGGCAAUGUGAAAAAUAUACACAAUCUGAAAAUAUCUUAUCAAAUGGACCAAAGGCGACGGCACAAUAAAGACAAGUGAAGAACGAAAAAAACGCACACCACACUCACGCCAAUAUCGACACACAGUAGAACGACGCACAUAGGAGCAGCAAAAGCCAGAUGUGUGGCAAAUCUGUGUAGGCCAAAAAAUUUCACCCAAAAAACCAUCCAUUUUCUGGCCUAGUGGAUAUUGGACAAGGAACAAUGAAAAUCAAAUGAUGAAUUAAAUUGUAGCGACACGAACGCUUUUCGAAAGUCAUCGAGUGGUCUUCAAAUGAGCAGAGAAUCUGCAUCGACGAUUCGGAAUUGGCAGACCAAUUCAUGACACGCACACGUGACUGAUUCCUCUCUCAAUAUUUUUUGUUCGCUUCUUCUUCAAUAACAACACAGAAAUUUAAAAGAGAAAAAAGUCAAAUCAACCAACCAACGAAAUCAAAAAGAAAACUUUUUUUUGUUACAUUUUAAUUAUUAAAAUUAGUUAAAAGCAAAACAAGAAAACAUUUCCAUCAAUCAAAUAUGCAAAAGUGAUAACGUUUAUUAACAACAACAAAAAAGUGACGAGACGACGACGACUAGUUGAAAUAAAAAUAGCUCAAUUUUAGUGCCGCAACUAGGAUAAUAUUGUGUGGAGCACACCAGCAUAACUCUCAACUCAUCAUUCGUUCAAAUUUUGUGUAUGCUGCUUUUGCUGCUGCUGCUUUUUUGUCUUCUUUCAACAAAAGAAUCGAAAAAUUUGUUGUUCGUUUUGGGGGAAAAUAAAUCGGCUUGUGUGCGUUUUAUUGAAUCUUUGAGAAGACUCAUAUGAACCAAAGACGAAAUAAAAAAUAAGCUCUGUAACGCCCGCACAUCAACUCUCCACCAUCGGAUGUAUAAAUAAAUAAUGAGAACAACAAAAAUGAUGUGAACAGUCGAAAUUGAGGGAAAAAAACGAAACAAGAAUCCACACCACGGCGAAUCACUCAUCAAAGGGAUAAUUAUCGCGGAAAAAACAGAGAGGGAGCGGGAGAGAGAAGAACGGGACAGAUUGUAAAUCAAUUGGACUGGAAUUGCAAAAGUCCAUCAGCUGAAUGUCUUCGCAGUUGUCGCCAAAGAAAUUGCAUCAUCAUCAACCGUUAUCGAAUCACAACGGAAAUGUGAAACAAUGCCAUGAUCUGCAGAAUACGAGCAAUAAUCACCAUCUCGGCAUCACAUCAACUUCCACACAAACAAUUAAUUGCUGUGACAUAAAUGGUGUGAUCAACGGUGGUACCAUCAAGCGACGCAAAUCGAAAGACACUCAGAUCAUUCAGCUCACAAACAAAUCAAUCCAAAGCAUCGAUGGCAACUUCUCCGAUCAGCCACAUUCAAAUGAUGACGACAGUUGCAGCACCACUAGCCAUAUUCUACCCGCAAACUCCUCUCCAACCACACACACUUUAAACAAUCAAAUCAAGUCACCGAACAGUACAACACUGAACGGCUAUCAUUCGUACAGCUUAGCAAAUAAUAGCAAUUAUGCACAAUCAAUCGACCAAAAUGCAUCCAUUUCCAAUUAUCGACGCAAUUGUAAUGUUCCCGUGGCAUUUUUUGAUCCACCGCCAUCUGGCACACCGAGUCGACUAUCCAUUCAUCAUCCACCUCCUGAUAUCUAUGAUUCUGAAAUUACAACAUGCUGUUUGCCACCACCGUCACCAGCACCAAACAGCGAUCGAUUCAUUGGCAUUCCACCACAGCAUCAUCAACAGCAACAUCAUCAAACUCAACAAUCGCAACAAAGAUAUAAAAAUUCGAUGCCGGAUCGUUAUCGAGAUGUUGCAACGAAAUGUGAUAGAUAUUUGCCGCCACCACAUUAUUUAGCCAAUGGAGCACCGCUGGUGUCGACUGGCGGCAGCAUGACAAACAACGUUGUCGACACGAAUUCGGUGAAUAUGUACGGUAAUGUGGUGAAUCGCGGCUUAGUUGGCAACACAAAUAAUUCAAUUGUGACAAAUUCAACGGACACUUAUCUAAGCGGCUAUUUAUCAUCGACCGUUCAUACACCGGUUAAACGUUACAUUCCCAGCACCAACACGAUCGCAACGGAUAUCUAUUCCGACUCAACAGUUGUCUUGCCCCAUCAUCAACAGACACCACGAAACUCAUCACAGUCGAACUGCAAUACACUUACAUCAUCUUACCGUUAUCGCAUGAAAUGCUGCCCAAAUCUCGAGAAUAUAGAAAAUUCAAAUGCAUUUGCAACGACGCCACGUGCUCGUCAAAUGAACUCGACCAAACUAUCAAUGUCAGCAACUGCUUCCCCAAAAUCGCUGGUACCAUCUGUUUCAUCCACAUCGACAUUGUCACUGAACAGCGGAAAAAGUGGCUCGUCUAGUGUUCGAUCAUCCGUUAGAAAUGUUUACGAACAGUCAAUGAAUCAACAAAAUGUCAUCAUGAAUAAUCAUCAUCAGCAGCAAUCGCAAGUAUCACAUCCACAAGUCGAAUCGCAGGAACUAGUGCAUACAAACGUACCAUAUGAUCAUCAUCAUCAUCACCCUUUAAAUGCUGCUAAUUCAUAUGUUUCAGCAAUAAUACCAUCGAAUUCAAUGAACAAUUCAGCACAAAAUACGGGCAAUGGAACAUGUUUACAUUGCAAUACAAUGCGGCGCACAACUGGAGUUCAUCAAACCACUCAAACGGGACCGGUUAGCCCGAUUCCACAAAAUAUUAAUAACAAAACCGUUUUCUUGGGCUUCUCCGACAAUGGUGACUUUGAAAAGGCAUCAACUAGUGCGGCAUCGAGUCUUCGACAGGUGCAACUUCAACAACAACAACAGUCGCAGCAGCAGCAGCAGCAACAGCAACCGCAGCCUCAGCCGAUGCAACAGACAUUCAACAGAGAUGGAGCUCAACAAGUGCAAGUGCAGCAGGAACAAAUCACGCCACAACAAUCUCAGUCACAAUUGGAAUCGCAAGAAAGCUUGGUUCAAUCACAACUCGCCGAUGAUUCUGAUCAAGCACCUCACACAUCACGCAAGCAAAAGAUUAAACAGUACGUGAAACGGGAGAUAGCCAAAUUUUUCGGCGUCGAUGUGGCGAGCGAGGAUCGAGAACGUGUAAAAUGGUCGGAGCGACAGAAGCGACUUGCAUUACGUCGAUUUGGUUCAUUGAAACAGAUCCAAAUCGAUGAGCGUCGUGAUCGUCAGCAAAGCGAUCGGCCGGAUAUAUUACCAGUGGAUCAUAUGUCGACAUCACAUCACUACUACGACCGCGAAAAUGUAAAUGUAAUGAAUCGAAAUGGUGGUAAUAUGGUGCGACGUCACAAUUUGGACGAUGAAAUUGAUAUCGACGAUGAUGAUGAAUUGGAAGAGGAUGCCGCAAUCGUAAACCAACACUUGAUAAUCGAGCGUAAGGCAGCCGUUUCAUCAUUACUAUGGCUGGGACUACAGUAUGCAAUUCACGCAUUUACUAAGAAAGUUCCACGCAACGAGCGUCAAUGGUCGCGUAGCUUUGCGCCGCAAUAUUUGAAUAACUCGUUCAUUGGACAGCAACAGCAGCAGCAACAACAACAUCAACAGUCUCACUCGAGCGACUUAUCGCAGCCGAACGAAUUGGAUUUUGGUGGAAAUGAUGCAUUUGACGGUGUUUCAUUGCCGAACCUACAAGAGAACGAACUAUUCUUCGACUCAACAAAUACUAGCUCACCAAAUCCGAACGCGGCCAAUAAUGGGACGCAUCGCGGCACAAGGAUUUCCACUCAACUAUUAGACGGUGUGCAAGACAAUUCACGUCGACCCACACAAAAGAAAUUAAAACUGUUACACGUACAUCAGCUAGACGAUCGAUACGAUCAUAGACCGUAUUUUACCUAUUGGAUUAAUACUGUGCAGGUGCUGGUCCUCUGUUUGACACUCAUUUGUUAUGGCUUUGGACCGGUUGGCAUCGGUAUGGAAAAGAAAAAUGGCCAAGUACUGGUGACCAGCUUGAGUUUACAACAAGUUCAACAUCAAGAGCCACGAAACAUUUGGAUCGGACCGAGAGGUGAUGAUUUGGUUCAUUUGGGCGCCAAAUUUGCGGCAUGCAUGAGAAAGGAUUUUAAAAUAUUGGAUGUUAUGGCGAAGACACGGCGACAGGAGCGUGAAACGGCAUGUUGCAUACGAAACGAUGACUCUGGGUGUGUACAAAGCUCACAGGCAGACUGUAGCGUUAGAGGGCUUUGGCCAACGAAGUCAAUUUCAACGUGGAAAAAAUGGUCACCGGGUGAAUCAGGGCCGGGCGGUCGUAUAUCUGGUUCAGUAUGCGGCUUAGAUCCAAAAUAUUGCGAUGCGCCCGCUUCAAUAGCACCGUACGAGUGGCCAGAUGAUAUCACCAAAUGGCCAAUAUGCCGGAAAACCAAUUCAUUUUCACAAAGAUUCCGUUACAAAGAUCACACAGCUGAGCACAUGGUUUGCGAGGUAAUUGGACACCCGUGUUGUAUCAGCGUUUACGGCGAGUGUCGAAUAACGACACGUGAAUUUUGUGACUUUGUCAAUGGUUAUUUUCAUGAAGAAGCAUCUUUGUGUUCACAGGUUUCGUGUUUGAACGACAUUUGCGGAAUGUUUCCAUUUAUAUCGCCCGAUGCACCUGAUCAAUUUUACCGUUUGUUUACGUCGCUGUGCUUACAUGCCGGUAUCAUACAUUUAGUUAUCACCGUUGCCUUUCAGCACAUAUUUUUGACCGAUUUGGAACGUUUGCUGGGACCGAUACGAACAGCCAUACUGUACGUGGGUAGUGGUGUAGCUGGAAAUCUACUUAGCUCCAUUUUUCUGCCGUAUAAACCAGAAGUUGGUCCGUUAGCAUCGAUAGCCGGCGUUGUUUCUUCUAUGGCUGUGCUAUUAAUUAUGAUCCAUUGGAGACAAUUGAAGCGGCCGCAUAUGGCACUUAUCAAAUUGAUCUUUUUGGCGGUGUGCAUCUUUGCCAUUGGCACAUUACCAUGGCAACAGCACAUCGUCGGUCUAAUGGGUGGCAUUUUGUGCGGUACCGUGCUCACAAUCACAAUGGUACCAUUCUUAAGCGUUACUACAUAUGGACGCAAGGCAAAGAUCAAAUUGGUGUGGACGUGUAUUUUGCUGCAUGUUAUCAUCUAUGCGACGUUGUUCAUCUUAUUUUAUCUAUUUCCAAUGGCGAUCUCAUCGUUUGGAUUGUGGGGUGGUGACACGGGUGACGACAGUGCAAUUGGCGGUGGUUAUAGUGUGGGCGGCAAUAUAGUCGCAUGUGAUAAUAACAAGGGAAUGCAAUGUGGUGGCACGAGUAAUAACGCGCCCGGCGGUAUUGUUCGUAGCGCUAUCAAUAUCUGAUAUGGUUUAACGCAUUAAAAAAAGAUAUUUAAUUCAAAACAGAAAGGAAAAAAAACACCUCAAAAUCAUUCAUUCAACCAAUUUUCAAGGGAAAAAAAAUGAAAAUUUCAACACAAAUCAAUAAAAUAGAAAUCAACUUCUUAAUCUCUUAUCUGCUGAACGAUCAAACUCUCGGUGAGGAAACGUUAUCAAUUGUUACGAUGUAAUUGAAAAUGCAUCACUGAAUAUUUGAAUAAUGUUGCGUUAUUGGUUCUAGAGAAAGAACAAGGUUCGGAUGGCGUUUCAUUUGUUUUCCUUUUUUUGCAAAGUAAUUUGUUACUUAGAAAUGAAUUUGUUAAUUCCUUAUUUAAAUUUGUUGAUUUUCAACCUCCAAAUGUUUAUGUUACGGUCUCUCUUAUAUGAACAUUAUCUUUCUAGCCAAAUUCGCAUAUGUUUAUACUAUUUUACAAGCCGUCAUCAUCCAUUGUUCAUUCUCAUUUUGUUUCGAUUUCAUUAUUUCCAUUGGUUUAUUGCCCAAUUUUUAUGACCGUUUCGAUUUUCGAGAGCAGGGAAAGUUCCCAUUCAAAAAUUCAAAAGGAACAAUUUUCCCCUCAAUGUACAUAACUUUCUUGGCUUUUCGUUCACUUUUAUGUUCUUGUCGGUUUUUUUUAUGGAUCUAAUUCUCUUUUCAAUAAACUAGUCAAUGAACCUUGACUUCAGGAAUGUUUUCUUUUCAGUAUUCACAACAUAGAAUUAAUUUCAAUGUUCGGGUCAUACAGUUAGAAAAAAAUUAUGGUAGUUUACCAAGAAAUUGGCUGUUUUCACGGUUUUCAUCAUUCAGAAGUCAACUUUCUUCCGCCAUUUAUGUUUUAAGUAAUACCAUUGACUUAGUUAGUACAGAAUUUGUUUCAUUUUGCAUUCUUGAGUUUUGUUUUUUUCUUUUUACCCAAAAAUAUCUUUGAAUUCUUCUCCAAAAUCCGCCUCUAUUUUGCAAUCAAAGCAGAAUUUUUACACGCAUUCAAUCGUUUUGGGUGGGCAGAGAUAGAGAGGCUGAAGUAUGACUGCACAUUUGAUGUUUUUGUAAAUACAUUUCGGUAUGGCAAAUGAGCUGUUCCAAUUUAACGAUUGCAGCAAGAGAAUAAAAUAGACAGAGUAAUUGUAUAGGACAAACAAACAAAAAAGUAAUAAACAAAAGUGACAAAAAAUGAAACAAAACGUCAAAGAGCUAUAUUUUGGUGAAAAUGAUUGAUUUAAAAAAAGCAGAAAAAAAUGGAAGAAAAAGAGAAAGUAGGUGAAUCACGUAAAAUCCUUGUAGGUACAGCGACAAAUAUAAAGAACAUCUAACGCGCGCACGCAUUCUGUUUGAAAAAAAAAAACGAAUUAAAAUGGUAAUGCAUACAAGUUGGCACACGGCAUCAUGUUAACGUGUGUUUUUUUGUUGCAUUGCAUCAACAAGAAAAAAAAAGCUAUUACAUAUACACAUUUAAACUAAAAAAAAAAAAUAAUUAGGUGAGGUAUACAAACAACAACAAAAAAUAACAUUAAAAACACGAUAUUGAAAUGAAAGAAGGAUGAAAAUGGGCAACACAGAAAAAAAAACAUAAAUUCAUAUGUUAAUCUAUUAAUAUGAUGAAAAGAAUAAACAAAAAAAGAAGGAUUAUAUUUCUAAUAAGGAGACAAAAUACAACUAACAUUGAUGUAACUCAAAUUGAAGAUUAAUAACAUAAGUGAAAAGAGAGUCGGAAACAAUCUAAAUGGAAACAGAUAGAGAACAAUUUAAACGGAAAAACACACACACACACACACACCUCUAGAUGUAGGGAACCAAAUACGAUAAAAAAACCAACCAAAUUGUAAACCGUACAUUUCAUUGCUAUAUUUUUUUGUUUCAGUGGAAUUUUUUUGUCAACAAAACAUAUAUAAUUAUUUCUCUCGAAUGUUUUCUUCGUGCAUUUUGUUGAACAUUUGACUUAAACAAAUACGUGUUACAAAAAAAAAUCAUAAUUAAUUCUGUUUUAAACAAGCUACCAACAAGUAAAGCCAUUUAGUGUAUAAAACAAUUGCAUUCCACGAGAAGAAAGACAGAAUGUGAAGCACACCGAUGGAAAAUCAUCGGUGCCGCACACAAACAAACACUAAACUACUUCACUGAGAUUGUUUUCACUGCCAAAACAUAUAUACGCGAGAAUCACACAUCAUAUCCAUCGAUGUGUCCAAUGGAAAAUGGGAUUUGUUCAAAUUCCACACGCCAACGAUGCCAAGCAUGCACAGGUUCUCGAAGUAGAAAAAAAAAGUUCAAAUGUGCAAUAUUUCAUUCUUUUUUGUUUACAAUUUAAAGAAGAAGGAAAAGAAACUAUGACUUAAUUCUUUUUUUUAAAAAAAAAAUCAGUUCAAAAUAUAGACGCUGAGACAAACACUCACCUGUUAUUCAUCAAAUUUUAAACUGAUCGAAAACCAAAAUAUUCUAUUUUCCCCCCCGUUUCGCAUUAAGUAAAACCAAAAUCAAUCGUAAAACUAGGCAAAUAUUUAUGAAAUGGCAACACAUUUGCCCACAUUCACUCACAUACACACACACACACGCGCAAAAUAUUGCUAGUUUGGAUAGAAAAUUAAAAUCGAAGAAUGAAAAUAAAUGGAAAACACACAUAUACAGUUGUAGUUUGAGCCAAACGGAUGCAAUUUCAUUUAAGUUUCCAAUUUAGUCGCGAAUUUUGUUUCAUUUUAAAAAUGAUUUCAUUCAUUUCAUGAAUUCAACAAUGCCCCAGGUGAUAACAAACGAAAGGCAAAAUCCAAGAAAUAUUUGAACAAAAAAACACACACAAAACGUAAAUAUCAGUUUUUAGUUUAAAGAAAAAUAAAUGAAAGAAAAACCAAAUGAAGUAAGAAAUGAAAAUUUAUGAAAAAUUAUAAAAUUUAUUUCAAAGUAAACCGUGAUUUCAUACCUAAGAAACA